GUGUGUGUGCGCGCAAGGGAAAGAGAGCGAGUGUCUCUGUGAGUUUAUUCGUGUCUGUCUGUAUGUGUAUGUGUGUGUGAGUGUGUGUGUGUGAGUGAGAGCAGGGGGAGAGAGGGAGUGUGUAGGUGUGUGUUGUAACAGAUGAGAGGGAAUCUUUGCCAGAUUAGUCAGGGAAGAGGCAGGCUUGUUAGGAGAUAGCACAGGCAUGGAGCAUCACAUGCACACACACUGACACCCUUCCACUCACACAUACACAGUCAAUCAGGCAGCUCUCAGCUGUGUUAUACAUCUUUGAGGAUUACCCUCUAUCCCUCCAGUAUUCCGCUGGAACGAUUGCAGCCCCUCAGAGAGAGUAGCGGGGCUUUCAAAGCCUACAUUUGAGCCGAGCGAUCAUGAGCAGGAUUUCUAUUGUUGCCUCUCUAGUGUUGUGUCCUCUAACUCAAUUCUCUGCCAUGUCUUGUGGUUGGGAAGUGCAGGCAUGCAUUUUGAUUUUUACUGUUGUGCCAUGAGUCCUAUUUUUUUUUUUUUUUUUUUUUGGUCAGGCGUGAGAAUUGUUAUGGUUUUUGAGUAAUAACUCUGCAUGCUGCUGUUACACUUCCUCUGACCGGCUGUGUGCAAAAUGUCAUAUUUCAGGAUGCUUUCAUCUCCUCGUCCUUGAGAAAUGCAUGCUCCCAAGUGCAUGCUCUAUCUAUACGAUGUGAAUGCUGGUGUGUGUGUGCUGUGUGAGCCUGUAUAUGAUUGAUACAUCAAUAUUCUGUUUGGAUUGGACAGCAUGCCUUCUCUAUUUCCUCCCUGUUCUCCUCAGCCGGUUUGCUGCUGCUGCUGCUGCUGGAGCUGUUCUUGCUGCAUGCAUACUCAUGUUUCUGGCCUCUAAUUGCCUUUGUGGAAAAAACUGUGCUUGCUGCAGAUAUUCGAAAAGGAGCGAUAAUAACACGAGAUGCAGCAGGCACCCUUGAUGAAAACCACAAACCUAAAAUCAUGUUGCAAUCUCAUAUUUGUGCAUGAAGCCUGAGGCAGGAGAGAACGGCUCCCUGGAGGACAUGGAGGAGGACAUCAGUCUGAAGAAGCGUAAAGGUGAUCAUCAUGGAGAGAAAGUGCUGCAGGCCGGGCAGGAAACUGGCGAAAAGGUCAAGAGGAAGCGAGGGCGCCCACCAGCUGAGAAACUGCCUCCAAAUCCACCUGAGCUCACCAGAACGCUGAACACGCUGGUGGACAUGGUCAUCAACUAUAAGGACGGGUUGGGUCGACAGAUCAGUAAAGGUUUUGUGCAGCUUCCCUCUAAAAAGGAGGUACCUGAGUACUACGAGCUGAUCCGAAAGCCUGUGGACUUCAGAAGGAUCAGGGAACGUGUGCGUAAUCACAAGUACAGAAGUGUGGGGGAUUUAGAGAAGGACAUUUUCCUCCUGUGUCACAACGCUCAGACUUACAACCUGGAGGGAUCUCAGAUCUACGAGGAUUCAAUUGUGAUUAAGUCUGUUUUCGAGAGCGCGAGACAGAGAAUCGUCACAGACGAGGAACAGAAAGAGACGGUUCGCGCCGGUCACAGCGAUAAUGGCGGCAGAGCUGAAGACCAGUUUGUUCCAUCGGCAGUGAAACCAUUACCAGUCCAGCUAAAGAAGGGGACUAAGGAGGAGAGAAGCAGAAAUACCAUGGCCAAGAGGCUCCACAGUGAUUUAGACAGUGAUGACGAUCUAGAGGAUAACACCACAAAAGAUGAGGGUUGAACUGAAAGGCCCUCCAUUUUUUUGUACUCGUUCAUGUCUAUUCACUGCCACAUCCCUUUUCAUUGGUUUCUUCAUUUUCUGAGCAGAAGAAAGGUCUUUGAAAAUAAAACUGGAAGAGCCACUCAAAGAGAGGCACUUAUGGAAUAAUGCUUUUUCAUUUAGAUGACUCACGCCACUCAAACACGUCUUGCUGCACAUAGUGCUGUUCUUUUGAUUUAGCUGGUCUCUUACAAUAAUUCUACUUUCCGUUUUAUCUGCCUUAGUCCCUGUGAUUGCUUCUGCAGAUAUUAUGUAAAACAACCAGUUUCACUGACUGUUUUUAAUCAAUAUAUUUGAUUGUAUGAAAUGCCUUCAUAUGUCUUGGAGCAUGAUUUGUAUAUCUCUCCUGAAGCUGUGCUCCUCCAGAUGACGAUGUAGAUGUGUUCAUGGCUAGAGAACCGAAGCACACAGGAAGGUCUUUUUAAAGAAAACCAGAACAAAUUAACACUGUAAUUGUGUUUGAAAUCUCUGAAUGGGAUUUUAGAGAUUAUACAUCUUUGAUAAAAAAAAAUAAAUAAAUAAAAUAAGUGAGACUUGAUAUACACUUAAUACGUGUACUGAUAGUAUGGCUUUUGUCUGCUUCUGAUACUUGAUGGAAUAAGUUUGGGUCUAAUCAAGGGUACUCAAGCUGAACAUUUGUAUCCCUUGUGCCACAGUAUAUUAACAUAUUGUACAGUCUGUGUGAAAAGUAAGUAAAAACUUAAUUGCUUUUCAUUUACUCUCCCAGUUGUUGGGGAGGAUGGAUCAUUGUUAAGACAAUCCCAGGAAACAUGUAUCACUUAAACACGUCGCGAAAUAAAUUUUAUCAAAAAGUC